CCCAACUGCUUAGCCGAUGAUUUGGCACAACAGUUCACUAGACCUCUGCUUGAGAACAGGCCACCUGCAUCGGACUGAAAGGCAGCUAACUGAAAACCCUGGUCUUCAUCCCCAACAGAACCAUGUCAAAUGAGAACCAAAGUUUACUUCAACCCAGAUGUUUGCUUCUUAUUUUAUCUGUUGGAUUGAACAUAUUUUUUAUAAAUGAAUUCUCUGGCCAUCAUUAUAAAGAAUCGCUAACAGCAAUAACGUUUACAGCAUCUGAAGACAAGCCUCUGGAAAACAACACUAUCCUACUCAUAUGGUUUUGGCCAUUUGGAAAAAAAUUCGACCUAAACUCUUGCAGUUCCAUAUAUAAUAUAGACGGCUGUUACUUAACAGUAGACAGAGAUCUUUACAGCGAGGCUCAUGGAGUACUGAUAAAUCACAGUGACAUUAAUAGUGACCUGUCAAAUUUACCCACAAAACCACGGCCUUUCUUCCAGAAAUGGAUAUGGAUGCACUUUGAGUCUCCACAAAACACAAGACGACUCAACGGUCUGGAGAACCUGUUUAAUGUGACACUGAAUUAUAGACGGGAUGCUGAUAUUGUUCUUCGUGAACAAAUUGUGCUUAAAACUGAAGAUAAUGAGGAUAAGAUAUUUCCACAAGUUCUGGACAAAAAGGACAAGUUAGUUUGCUGGAUUGUGAGCAACUGGAAUGAGAAGCAUGAAAGGGUAAAAUACUAUAAUGAGCUAAAAAAACACAUUGACAUUUAUGCUCUUGGGCAUCAUUUUGGGAAAGAAGUAAGUAAUGCACAAUACAAUGAAAUAUUAACCAGAUGUAAGUUCUAUCUGUCAUUUGAGAACACAGUCCUUCAUUACGACUACAUGACAGAAAAGCUGUUCAAUCCCCUCACACUCGGAUCAGUGCCAGUGGCUCUUGGGGCUCCAAGAUACAUAUAUGAAAGGUUUGUGCCAAGAGAUGCUUUCAUCCACGUGAAGGAUUUCUCCAGCCCUCAGAAACUGGCUGAACACCUGCUGUCAUUGGACAAGAAUGUUGAAGAAUAUAAAAAGUAUUUUCAGUGGCGAAAACACUUUGAAGUAAAACUUGUUAUCUAUCCCCAAGAGCACGCAUGCCGUGCCUGUCAUUAUAUACGGACAAAGAAAGACUACCAGUUUUUUGGAAACCUUAACAAAUGGUACUGGGAUCCCAUCAAUGAUGGGACCUAAAGGUCAUGGGUGUCUUUUUGUGACUGUAUUGCUUUUGAUAUUUCCAAAACAAUGCUCAGCAGCUUUAAUUUUGUAUAAAGGCUGGAAUAAAUUACAAGACUUUUAAAUCUGAACAGAUUUUCAAAGAGAAAAACAGGCAUCACACAUUAAAUGACCGAGGAUCACAAACUACCAAGCUGUGCCUGAAAUCACAUACUGUAUAGUAGGUACUACAUUUGGUUUUAAACUUACUUUGCAACCAUUUAAAAAGUAUGUUCUAUAUAGUAUGAAUGUGUGUCUAUUAAUAACAUACUAUAUCCGCCAUGUUGUCAUUGUCGCUUCACAUCUAUUCUCAAAACCUCUUCUGUGGCCCAGGGAUAGUAAAGUGUCCAUCGAAUGCACACUUCGGUCGUAGUGUACUUCGGUCGUCAGGGUACUUUUUACCUACUGUUUUAUGAAUACUGUGAAUUCAGACAUACUACUUGGCUCACAUACUGUUUUCCACAUACUAGUAUGGAAGUAGGCAUAUUUGGACGCAGCCAGACUUUAAAGUUGUUCGGAUCACAACAAACUCAGAAACGCAGAAACAUGCUCCUCGUCACUAUAGAGAAUGUGAAGCUACAUCACGGCACGUUGCAUGCUGGGGCCAUGCCUCCAUCUUAGGAGGAUCGCCCUCUGCUACUGAUUCUGAAUUUAAUACCGAUACCUGCACCUUUUGUUUUGGUUUUGCCUUUAAAUGCAUAUUCACAUUCUCCAUGGCAUCAUUUGCAGGGAAGAGAAGCUAUUUUAUUGCAUUGCAUGAUAAUUUAAAGUUUCCACAGUAGUUUUGCAGAAUUCCGUUCACAUUAUAUCUGGUUACCAUGAAAACAGUGUCAGGCGCUGAGCGCUCGUUGUUGCUUCUUCAGCUGUCACACGCUAGAAAUGUCCAAAUAAAAAUAUGUGUACAACAAGCUGAAAGAAGUCGAUCCAUUUCUUCAUUGGAAACAUUUAAAUGUAACUUAAGUUUGAUUGUUGUCAUUGAAAUACUUUCCCAUGACCACGGAGGGGACAGACACCAACUCCCUGGUGUUUAUAUAUUUAUUUCAACACACGACAAGCAUAAUCAAAUCCCUAGAAG